CUUCCGGCCGGGGUUGCUAUGGCGCUGCCCCCCUGGGCCCACCCCCGCCGCCGGUGUGUGUUUACAUCGGGCAGGAGGAGCCGGAGCCCCAGCGCCGGGGCAGACGGGCACGCAGCCGCCGGCCGCCCUCCAUCCAUCCCCGCCGGGUGGUGCUCCGGGAGAAGGCGGCAUGAAGGUGUAUGACUUUUGAAACCGUUCCCGCUCGUUAAUCAGUCACGAGGCACACCAGGCAUCCCCUGUCUCCUGAAUUUGUCUAGCAGUAAAAAAAACAAAAACAAAAACAAAAAACCCAACCAAACAAUAAAUAAAUGUUGAUCAGCUAGAUUGUAAGCUCUUUGAGGCAGAAACUGCAUGUAGCUACGCUCUGUACCUAUCCUGAUGGAGAAAUUUGGCUCAGGCCUUCCUCCAAGCCUGUGAGUCAAGGACCUAGCUUAGAAACACAGAUGGUGGAAGAUGAAACUGAGACAGCAAGUGAAGAAUUGCCUCCUCAUCUGCGGGAAGAGCCUCCUGAAGAUGCCAGCAAGGACCAUCCGCAGCCGCAGGCAGGGGUGAUCUGGAGAGUGACGGGCGGCCUGUUCAGCAUCACCCGGGGAGCCGUGGGGGCCACGCUGGGAGGAGUCGCCUGGGUGGGCAGCAAGAGCCUGGAGCUCACCAAAACAGCUGUGACCAGCGUCCCCGCUGCUGGCGUCGGACUGGUGAAGGGCAGCGUCUCGGCAGUGACGGGCGGCGUCGGAGCCGUGGGCAGCGCGGUCGCCAGCAAAGUCCCUUUCACCGCGAAGAAGAAAGACAAGGCUGACUAAUCCCCGUCACAGCGCCCUUCCAAAAGAUCGACCUGCCCGUACUCUCCCCCGACACAGCACCUCUUUGAGUUGGAACCAGCCGCUUCAGGGAGGGUCAAGCACCCCACAGACUCCGGCUGCAGCCUGCUCAGCACCGCCGGCCCGGCUCGGAGCUCACAGAGCCGCUGUCUAUGCCUUUCACUCCCAUCACCUGCUGGGAACCACCUUUACUCCGAGGGCUUUAAAGGCGCCGUUGUCUCUGUCUUGCAGUUUCCUUCCUUCCUUCUUGUUCUUGCAAGCCCAGAGGGGUGGGACAGGGUGUCAGGCUCCAUCUGCCUGAAGGUGGGGUGAGUAACAGGGGAGGGGGAGGAACUAUGCCUGGCUUGAAGUGUGGGUUGUGUAGUCAAAUUCAACUUCAGCUGGGAAGGCAGCCUCCGAAACACCCCUUCCCUUGGCUCUGGGAGGUGUGUUUGGGGGGUCUGCCUGGCGGAGAACCGUAGAAGAGAGUCCCACUGACACAAAGGAGAGAUACUGUGAAGAGGGGGAAGCCUCCCUCCUGCCCUGCACCUCUUACCUUUUCUUUGCAGGGCCCAUCCCACAAGCUGCUCCCCGUCACUUACUCCCUGACUGAAUUGCACCCUUCAGAGAAGAAACCCUCAAGCUCAGCGGAGCAGCUUCAGGGAUGAUGCCACACAAGGGUAUGAUAUGUCUUGGGCCGUCAGCUCCUGCACAGAUUUUCUUGGUGGGAGGCAGGAGGAUGAAAGCUGCCAUAUGUUCCCAUGUGGGGAUGGAGCUGACAGUGGCAUCUGCCAGGCCUCUGUGAUACUGCAGCCCAGGUAGGGAUGCUCCACAGAGAUUGCCCCUUGGAAGUCCGUGCAGUAUCCCUGUCUGCAACAGGGGCGUUUUGACUCUAGGCCACGCUCUCAUUCCACAGACGUCACUAGUAACCCCGAGCGAGUGUGUUCCCAAAUUCCACCCGAGUUCUGCUGCAGGGAGGGAGGGGAGUCCGGGAGCAUUGCUCUCCCCGUGGCUCGGCACCCCGGGAGCGGUGGCCUGGGUGUGAGUGGGCUGCGCCGCGCUGGAGAACGCUGCCCCGAGGGGCUGAGCGCGCUCCAGCAGCAACCAGCCUGCACGGGGCACCAGCACCUCCUCCUCCUCCUCCACGUGCUGCUCCGGGAGCUCCAGCCCGGCUCCUCUAAAUGACGGUGUUGCACUAAAUAGCCCACCCACACUCGUAGCGCCGCAGAAACCCAGACACCUGCAUCCACCUGGGAGUCACAGCCGUCCUCAGCCAGGCCCGCGAUGCUCAAGGGGCCGUGUGGCGUCGCGCACGCGCUUGUACACGCAUGUGCGCACAUGUACACGCACCCACACUCACUCGCUCCAGGGUCCCCUGUAAUUCUCAGGAUGAGGAAAGCCACAGGCUCCCCCAUUAACUCUGCUGCUCCUGGCUUUCGGCAGGUGAUUAGCCUAGGUCGUUAGGUGUCGGAUGCAUAGGCAAGUGAAGCAGUGCUUGUGCUGUAUUUUAUAAAUAUGCAUCUGUGUUAGCGUGUGUGUAUGUAUCAGUCCACAGGCAUGCCUUCAGCCAGGUAAACAAAGCUGUGCCACUGACGCAGAGGAGCUUACAUAGUCACCUUCAGCACUUCCAGCAUGUAGUUUUUCUAUAGGGUCCUGGUCAAAAUAAAAAUCAUGUUUUAGAGGAUGUUUUCCCCUCUGUUGCCCAAGAGUGUAGUUUAUUGAAACCAAAGGAAUGUGAAAAAUCCCCUUUCUCCCAUCUAUGCGGUUUGUUUACUUUCUGCCCUAUCUUUUGGACAUUGAAGCCAACUCCCUCGAUCUUCAUUUCCCAUUGGAGGUCAUUGCGCUUCCUGGCUGCUCUCUUGUACUUUGGACUCAGACAUCAGGGAAUAUUUAAGUACACCCCCACCACCACCCCCGUUUUUGCUGAAUGUUCUUGGGCUUGUGAAGCAGUUUUCACUCUGACCCUUAUUAAAUCCACAUUUUGGGCCUGACGUAAGUCUCUGUGUCCCUGUGCUAGUCACGCUGGUGUUAGUCUCUCUCCAUACCCUUCUCCCCACCCUUCUCUGGGUAGUCCUGGCUGUUUGUAGUGGCAAGAAGUUGCUGAUCUCCAUAGUGUGUUACUCUUGAUAGCGUGAGAGUGGUUUAACCUACAUCUUUUUUUCUGAAGAAGAAACAGCAUUUGAUAUGUGUGUGCAUUUCCUCGCUUCGUCUCUUUUGUUCUGGUGAAGGCCAAGUUGACCCAGAUGUGUUGGGUUUGUCUCGGAAGGCAGCGGCUUCACAGAGAGACUGGGCCUUGAUCUGUGCCUGCACUUUGCUGCGAUGCUUGUGGCAGUUGGCAAGGCCAGAAGAAGUCUUGUCUGUUCUUCCUUUAUCUCAGCCGCCCUGCAAAGCAGGAGGACACUUGGCAUUGCAUGGAUCUCGGCUCACUGCUCUCCCUGAGCGCAUUUCAUUUCUUAUUCCAGAUCACAGACUGCUCCUGAAGCCAACUCUAACUCCAAAGCUAAAAGCUGCUGGUGCGUAACUGGCUGUGCUGUCACCAGCCCUCAUACAAAGACAGUUUCUUACCAACUGGGACGGAAGAGAGUCUUCAUAACGGCCUCUCCCAGGCCUUGGACAGGAGAAGAUGGUACCUAAGGGGCUUUACUUCACCAGCCGCCCCUGGGCAGGUGCUGGGAAGCUCAUCAUGCGUCUGGCUAACCAGUAUCCCACACAGGCUCUUGCUGGGGGAGGCAAUACAUCCUUCCCAGGCUGUUACCUGCAGGCACUGUGUGUGCAGAGCAGGCCUGGAAAAUGGGAUAAAGGUGCAUUAAAGAAGGCCGUAGGGGUCCUGAGGGUUUCCCGUUUCUUUAUUUCUGCUGUUGUGUGCGUGCUUGCAGUAAACAGAGUAAAGCUCUCCAUUUGCCUGGAACUGCCAUUUCCUUGCGGGAUGGCCUGGAGAAGGGGAAAAGAGAUGUGAGGGGAACUCACAGCCUAAAUCACUGUUCUUACAGCCCAGCUAACGGAGAACUCCUGGGCCAUAAAUUGCAAAAGCAAUCAAAUUAGCAGGCAGGGGUAGAAGAUUAAAUCUACUCCAAAACCAAGGCCUCACACCACUUCGCAGGCAUUCAGGAAUACGUAACUGCAGGACUCGAAGGCCUCUGGAAAGUAUGUCUCUGCUAGCAUGCUAGGCCUGCUCGGUUCAUCCAGGUGACCCAGCCCCAGGCUGCUUUUCUGGGCACUCUCAGUGCCAGAGCAGAAGGAAAACAGGGUCAGUGUUCCCAGCCUAAGAGCAGAGACACCUCCCGACAGCUUUGGUUGCAGGAUGGUAAGAUCUGGAUCGGAUGGGGAAGCUGUUGACUCCUGAUGGAUGCCCCAUCUUUCCUCCUCCCCCCACUACAGAGACUCCAGGCAGUUCAGAGUCCACCUGGGUCACUGGUGCAGCCCUUCUCCCACCACCUCUUCACAGCAAAAGCAACAUUGUGCGUGAAUCCCUUGGCUGCUAGCUGGAGGGACUUGGUACAAAACAGAGGGAGCAGCACCGAGGUGGAGGAAAGGAUUGAAGGGAGUUAGUACAAGGAAGAUCACCAAUUUUCAAGUGAUAGUGAGGGGAUGAGGAGAGACUGGUGACCGGCGGAGGUGAGGAGUGGGGGAGUGUGGAGGGAAUUUGUGAGGAUCUGAAUCAGAGGAUGAACACGGUGGAGUUUGUCCUAGGGAAGAGCACAGAAAGGGAACUGGACGGAUGUGGGUUUUGGUGUGUGGUGAUGGUCCACGCCUGGCUGGUGCCCUGCUCCCAUAGGAGUGAUGAUUGCCACGGGCUUCCAUUUAGAUGAUCAAUGUGCCCAACAGAUGGUCCAAGCGCCAGAUCAGCUCCCUCAUUGCCACCCCCCCUGCUUCCCAGAUCUCCCCCAGGCUUUUGUCAUGAUCUCCCCGUGGUGGGGCUGGGUCUCCCCCGUGGGGGAGAUGGGAUGGGGCCUUACACACAGCCCUGUACCCCACCACGACUGGACGUUCCCCGUGCCCCAGCUAAGAGUAGAGCCCACAGGCACAUCCUCUCCUCGCUUUUCCCUUUGCUCAUCACAUUAGCCUUCACUUUAGUUUUUUUAUCCCUCCCUUAGCUUUCUCUCUUGCCCCUGGAUAAACCUCUCCAAAGGUCUCACCGAGACCUUCGAUAAACAUCCACACUCAUAUUGGCUGGGAGGGCAGAGAGGGCGACUCUGCCCCCGCAGCUCCCCUGGCUGGGAGAGAAGUGCAUGUCUUCCACCCCUCUCUGUCCCCUUGUUGUGUGUGUGUGUGUGUGUGUGUGUGUGUGUAGAACCUUAACCCACUUCUUUUCCUCUGGGUUCCCUCGUUGGCUCUUCUCCCUGUGGGUGGGUCAUUUCGGUGUCUCCGUUGCAAAGUCAUCCAUGUAAAAACAACAGCGCGAGUGGGACCGCGGAGAUGGCUAGGGAGAGCCGCAGAGCUGCUGGGAGAGAUGCCAGGGCCCAACUCUGCUUCUCUAGGAGCCGAGCAGCCCUUUGGCAACUCAAAACCAUCGCUGCAGCCACGCAGCCCCAUGCACGGUGCUGGGCUCCGGAGAACACUUCUGUUCUUUAUCAUUUCAUUGUCUGUAAUUGGUUUCCUACUGAAUUUGUUUGCUUGGUUUGUUUUGCAGUGUGUUUCUGGGAAUAUUCUGCAUCUCUGUAUUUUAAUUACAGUAAAAUUUGAGGAUAAAAA